AUGCUUACAGACAUCUCUACCGUGAGCUCCUACGAGCGGUACACCGUCCGCAACCAGCUGAGAGCGUCGUUUCGCGAUAAAGACGCGGUGUGGGACCCGGAGGUUUCCAAGAGAACACUCUGGUUCAUACAGGCGGCUCGCAAAGAGGCCGGUAUCGAGCACAAGGUUCUCAAGAACCUCGUCCGCGUGGCGUGGGAGAGGCAGAAUAUGGAUACGUGGAAGGUCAGCUUUCGCAAAGACUCGGAAUCUCGGGGCAAGGACGUGUGA